GGCAGCACAGUUUAUUCUUCCUCCGCCCAUGAGCAGAUAAGAGGCUACAAGUCGACAGAUUCCUCUCGCCGUUGCUGACGCCGGCGACGACACUCUUGGCGUCGUGGAGUUUCGCGUCGUGGAGCAGUAGUCCCGCUCGCGCAGCCAGACCGGCCGGACCUGGGGAGUAAACGACGGCUAGGGAGUGUGUCCAGUCGCCGUCACGGUUGUGCACCCCUACCAUGGACCCGGAUGUCUCUGCACUUGUGGGGUGUUCGUCACAUCCUAGGCGUCUUCUACAAUGCCGCCGUCGAGACCGCCCAAGACACCGUCGUCCUCCGACACCGCGCGGAGCGAGCACCUCGCCGUCGUGCCCGCGGACGGCGGUGCCUGCGCUCACGGAGGUCUCCCUGACCGUCGCGAUGAAGACAAUGACAGUGCCGACACCUGGAGCACCAGCGCCGGCAGCGUGGCGUCGGACCUCGACGACGACGCGGUCGUCGCGACGACGGCGGGGGCGCUGCGGGGCGUCGCGGUGGAGGGCUCCUCGGACGUGCACAUCGGCGGCACGCACACCCACGUCCACGCGGCCCCCGGCAGCCAGGUCACCCUGGCCUUGACUGCCAGCAAUCCUCCAGCACUGACGGCGACGGGCAGGCAGGGCCGGCAACCACCCGCCGCCGCGGGCCAGGACGGCGUCAUCGCGAACCCGCCCCUGCCCGCCACCGUCCAGGACCUGCGCCCACCCACCGCCGCGCUCCAGGAGACCACCGCCCAGGACCAGUGCCCUCCCGUCGAGCUCGAGGGAAUCGUUGUCCAGGGCCAGCAACCUCCCGCCGUGCCUCAGGCCACCGUCCAGCACCAGUACCAGCACGAGGGCGGCCUGGUAGCGAGGGCUAUGUGGAGAGCGUUGACGUGGAGGGAAGCGUACUGGAAGUUGCACUUCGGGUUUUUCCUUUGUAAAAAAUUAGGGGGAGCGCUGGUCGCGACCGGGAUAGUUGGAGUCAUUUUAUGGAUCCUGCCCUACCAAACCUCCUCCUAAACAGAUAGAGACUAUGAAGCCUUGUUCGACAUUGUAAACAACUCGGAUUGCCGUGGAUAUAUCUUCUCAGUGUGCGGCGACAAGUGAGAAGGACCCAAGAUUACCCGAAUGUCCACACGUGUCCUGGGCUCACGCGCAUUGACUGUUCUUGCCGAACGAGUUCAAUGUAAAGACUUUUCGACAUGGGACAAUUGAAAUGUCAAGGCCUUUCCGUCACCACAGUUCAUAUCAUUCACCGAAAUUGACAAAACCUUGGUUACCUUUUUUGACAAACUUCUUUAACCUACUGGUUACUGGUUUUAUAUAAAAUAUCGGUAAGAUUGAGCAAAAAUUACAGUGAUAUGAAAAAUAUUUUUAAAACCCAUUCAGAUAGAGUAAUAGAAGUUUUCACAUGACACGUAUUUACUUACUUUUCAAAGUGCACUGCUUCCUAACGGCAGCGGAUGUUGAGAGCGAAGGUUGGUAGCACCAAAACGCCUGGGGAAAACUCCCCAGGCCUUGUCUUUUUCCUGCUGCUCCGAAUCUCGAGUCUAGGAAAAUAAACCGCUGCUGUUCGAAAGUAGUUGCCCCGCACGAUGAACGUUCGCCGAGGAGCUGACGCGACGGUAAGAGAGCAAGUCCCCCGGCCGACUCGGGCGCGCGGGGCGGGCCGCCGUCCGCGCACGGCUGCCAGGCGGGCUGGCCUACCCGGCGGGUCGCAGGCGCCGUCACCAUGUCGCUUCGUUAUCGGCGUCGAGUGUCGCUGGGCGCAGCCGACAGAUGCUCGGAUCCUGCAGCCCGUGUGUCGUUGGCUAGUUCCGUGUUGAGCUGCGCCCAGAGAGGGUGGUUGUUGUGGACGUGGUGCCAGUGCGCCGCGCGCGUCCCUUUUACGAAUUUCCUCAUCCCUCCCCGACGAGACGGUCGUCGCCGUUGUUCAUCUGUAUACCUGUCCCGUGACAACACCAGGCCGAGCUGCCUGAGGUGCGCACUUUACGGACAAGCGCGUAAAAUGCGGCCGUGCUGGCCGUGCCGCCCCCACCGCUCUGACCGGAGCCGUACGCGGACGGCAGCUCGACGGCCGUCGCCGUCGUCCCGGACCUGCACCUCCCCGACAAGCAGCUACACCGCAUGGGGGACACAACCGCCGUCUCAAAGACGCACACUGGGCUGUUUGUAAAAAGUGCGGAUGAAAAAGAAAACCGAUUUACCCAAGCGGCAUGAAACGCGCCGUAUUUAUUUCUCUGGUCUAUGUUUUCUUUUUUUUUUUUUUUUUUUUUUUUUUUUUUUGGUCUCGCAGUCGAGUUAUGUUCAGGUGCACCGCGAACGGCAAUGAUUGCCGCGAUCGGUUGUGUGAUUCGGCUCGUCGCGGUCGUCUUGAGCAUCGUCAUCGGGUCCGUCACACACACGCCUGAAAGCAGCAGCGAUGAAGGCAAGUAGUGUGGACUGUGAAAAAUCAACGGUUAAUUAUCAAACAAACUCUCUACUUCUGAAAUUUUGAAACAAUUUUGUCAACGUUUUGUAUGGCGCACUCGCAUUUUAAUGUUGAUGUUAAUAUUAUAAUUUUAAUGUUAAUGUUCGGCGAAUUCCCGGUGAUUCCCGGGCCGGUGUGUACACCAUGAUUCCCAGAGUUAUUGCCCUCUCGCAUUGAUCUUUCUACGUGAAAGCUCCCAAAAAUCGAACAUUCGUGGAAACAAUUUCAGUUUGGAAACUCCAUUGGCUGAUGGACUGCGAACGUUUCCUGUCGACGCCAGUAUAGACAUUAUCCUCUGGCGGUGCGGGUUCUUUGUUAUCACGGAAAUGAUUCUAAUGAAUCGAAAGGGUCGAGUUACCCUAGUUGUCGCUGCUGUUCGUGUAAACCUGGACCACCUGGAUCGCCGUCCAGUUCGGUCGCAGCCCAUGACCACUUCAAGCCGAGGGGCCUGAGGCGUGUAGUCCACGGACAAUCUUGCGUAAAAUGUGGCCAUGCUGCCCCCGCCGUCCGCACCGCUCCGACCGGAGCCGGGCGGCAGCCUCGCCCUCCGCGGACAGCUGCUCGGCGACGGCCUCGUCGAGCGCUGCGAUGGGGCCGCGGACAGCGACGACACCUGGAGCAGCAGCAGCGCAGACAGCGGCGGCGAGGUGUCCGAGGCCGGGCCCAUCCAGGCCCUGGCGACGACGCCCAUGUCGUUCGGGGACAUCGCGGUGGAGAACUCCUCGGAGGUGUACAUCGGCACUACGCACAUCCACAUGGCCCCUGGCAGCCACGUCACGGUGGCGUACCCGAACGGCAGACACGCCGCCCUGGCGACCGCCGACCACGACCGACACCUCCCCGCCAUCGUGCUGCCGCCCGUCGUCCAGGACCUGCACCUCGCCGCCCUGCAGCCGGCGCCCGGCGACGACCUGCACGUCCCCGGCGUGCCGCCGGCAGGCGUCCAGGACUUGCACCUCCCCGACGACGAGCAGCCAGACGGCACCGCCGGGGACACGGCCGGCGCAUCAAAGACGCCUGGGAGAUUGUCUGUGAAAAGUAUGCGGAAGGAAAAGAAAAAACCGUCCAACCCAAAUAAUUGUCAUGAAAACGACGUGUCUAUUCCUUUGGCCCCCGUGUCUUGUGGUCUUUGCAGUCGAGUUAUGUUCGGGCGCACCUCGCUCAAGGAUAAUUGCGGCGAUCGGUUGUGUGACUCUGCUCGUCGCGGUCGUCCUGUGCAUCCUCAUCGGGUUCGUCUCACACACGCCUGACAGCAGCCGCGAUGAAGGCAAGUAUGAACUGUGAAAAAUCAACACUCUAGUUUUGAAAUGUGGAAACAAAAAUGAGACAACGUCUGUGUUUUGUAUUCGUGUCGUGAGUCGUGAGUUAUCCUGGGGCUGAAAUAUGGAAGAAAAGAAAGCAGGUAGGCUGUAGUACUGUGAAUUUGACGUCUGCGCGCCAAGAAAAUAUUACAAACUCUGUCAGUUUAAAACCUAAACAUUCCAGGAGUUGUAAAACCCCAGUAUUUUAUUUUUAUAAUAGUUCGGCUCUUGCUGAAGAGAGUUUCCGGUGCAGCGAAUAAGUGGAGCUGGCAACUCAGUUCGGCGGAACGGGCAGGCGUGAUUGGACGCGGGAGCUGCCGAAAAACGAGUCAUUCGGUACAUUUGCCACAUGACUGACAAGGUUAUCUGAACGCUUCUAACAUCUUGUCAUUGCCGGUCUAGAAAUUAUCCACUGUGUGUCUGUAAGGGUUCUCUGUUUUCGCUGAAAUGAUUCCCAAUUAAUAACGUACGCGAUUCAUCAUCAAGGUAGUUGCCGAAAUCUAUGUGUUUCCAACGUUGACACAUUCGAUUCUGUUUCAGGGCGAAACACCACAAUAAUCGACGAUCGUUCGACUCGAAUCCCGAGCCCCAGCCCGAGCCCCCCUAGCCCUAGCCCUAGCCCUACCCCAACCCCAAUCCCAACAACAACCCCAACCCCAAC